AUGUCUUACUGGACAAAACGGCGUAAAAUCGAAUCAAAUGUAGAAAAGCACCUGCAAAAUAUUGCAGAAGAUCACCUUGCAGUCACGCACAAGCAUUCUGAGUUAGAAAUAGAGAGCAGUGCACCAGUCAUGGAAGAAGAUAGCUGUAGUGAACAUGAAACAGAAGACAGUAAUGUUGAGGGAGAUGAUGCUUUUAGUAUUGAAGACAGGGACUCACUAAAUGAUUCCAAUAGUAAUGUCCCAGAUAGUUCUGUGCAUGGUGAUGAAGAUUCAGAGGAGCAUAAGGAUGACCUUCAUACUUUAUUAAUGUUCACUGUAGUGGUCUUCAAGGACACCAAUGAGGUAGAAUUAGUAGCUUCAAAUUGGCUGAAGAAGGAAUAUGCAUACUGGCCACCACUUCAAUCAUCCUCAGCCAUAGGCAAGGCAGUGCGUGACAGGCUGGAACCUGACCUCAAAACAUGGAGUCCCUAUAAGAUCAGGGUAUUAUGCACAUGUCACAGCUAUGAGGAUGGUCGAAAGAAGGUGAAGAGAGCAGAAGAGACAUCCGAUGUCCAGACAGACGAUGGUGAAGGAUCUAGAAAACGCAAACGUAAACCACCACAGUGGUUGUCUGACAGCGAGGAAGAAGAUGAUGCCGCAAUAACAUGCGCCCUGCCUUCAUCAGCUAGUCGGAUACAAGGGGCUCAAGGAACAAGGCCAAGAAAUAAGGAAUUGCCGAAAGCACCCAGACCAUCUGCACUUCCACCUCACCAACAAGAGGAACAAUCAUUUACACCUCCCCGUCGCAAUGGUCCAACUCUAUCAUCCUUUGAGAGAGAAAUGGUGAAGGCGAUUGCUACUAUGCAGACCGCCAUCGAUGGGAUUGCCGCUGCACAGGUAGCACAGCGAAAGUUGCUAGGCAAAGUGCUUGCCAAAGUGGAAGUAGAUGGCUCGUUAUCUGAGCUACCGGAAGACAUCAAGCUGCCACUGGAUACCGUCAACGCAGUAGAGGAGCUCGAGCGCAAACUUGAUGACAGUGGGGUUAGAAGAGCUUUGGUCCACCAUUUGUCCCUCAUUGGGGGUAGCAGUAUAAAGGAGUUCGUACGCAGAGUCAUGUCCUACACACUCGGACAUGAGGUGGCCCUUCUAUAUAACUGGGCAGGCAGGAUUGGCUGGAAGAGUCAAAUGACGUCGGCCAAGCGAGCAUUUGGAAAUCUGCAGCUCUGUUCUACAAUUACAAGUGCAGCUGUAAAGCAGCCAGGAGAAAAUGCAACAGUGGCUGCUGUUCAAAAAGAAAUAAUGAUAUGGCUAAGGAAUUCAGGAGAUAGGCAUGGCGGAAGGAAGAGGAGGGAGAGAGAAAGGGCACAAGAAGACAGCAUAAUGAGUGAAUCAGAGACGAUUGUUUGAACUUUGAUUUUGGAGGUGGAUUUCUCAGAUGUUGAUACAUAUCUAAUCUUUAUAUAUGUUAUAUAUGUUAUAUAUUGAUGUAUAUAUAUAUAUAUGUUGUACGGGUUUGUCUGCAUGUGUACUGGGUACAUGGUGUUGUUUGCUCGCGUUUUCAGUAUUAUAUUAUUUUACAUGUGAUAUCAUUUACUCAUUUACAUUUUAAAUUUGAUUACUUUCUAUUUUAUGCGGCAAAUUAUAUAUAUAUAUAUAUAUAUAUAUAUAAAGAGAGAGAGGGAGAGAGAGGCAUGCAGGCCUUAAUUGGUUAUGUAGUGCAACUGUAAUUCUCAUAGAACCUCAACAGUCUCUAUAGUCAUCUCAUAUAGUCAAUAUCUCAUACAACUGUACGACCUCAUAUAGUCUCUACAUUUAAAUAUUUUGUAUUGUGUUGCUAUUUAUUUGGUUGUUUUUAGCAAUUAUGCUAUAUAUAUAUUAUUCUGACAUUGUAGAAAAAAUCAUGCUCAUAUAUAUGCGUGUGUGCGUGUGUGUGUAUGUGUGUGGGUGUGUGCAUGUGUGUGUGUGUGUGUGUGU